GCUGUCCUACAUUUUCAAGAUCUAAAGCCUUAUCUACGAUAAAACUUGAUUUGAAACACAUUAAAUAUUACGUUGCCUAAAACGAAGACAAUGAAAACUUCUGUCGGAAUUAUAGCUACUAAAUCUGUUUUGCUCCUGCUGCAUUUAUACCUGAUCGGCACCAAUGCACUGCGAUGCUAUGAAUGUCAGGACGUCAUUCAAAUACGGGACUGUCGGCGGAUAGUGGAAUGUGAUCUAGGACAAAAAUGUUUUUACAGCAAGAAAAAAACAAUUGAGCUUAGCUGCAUGAGGGAAGUACAAUGUAGGGCACUUGAGAAAAUACUCGCUCUCGAAGGUCACAAUCAAAAUCAAAUUGGUUGUUGCAGUCACUCGGAUUUAUGUAAUGGCAUAGACAAUAGUUCACAAACAGCUCAUGUUCCUACUACAACUCAUUCAUGGACGACAACUCCGCUACCUAGAAUCGUCAUUAAUGCCCCUGACAAAGCUGCAUAUAAAAGUAUGGUUCAACUGUCAUGUGUAACUAUACCACCGGCAGAGAGAUACUCUUGGACAUUUAAUGGAACUUCUACUUUGCCAGCUGGGGUGUCUGCUGUACAGUAUACACCGAAUCAGGGCGCUGUUGCAGGAACAGAUGUUUUGACCAUUGUCAAAAUAGACGCCACAUCUUUCGGAACUUACACAUGCGCUGGGUCUAUACAUGGUCAAACGGUGCAAUUCUCACAUUUCAUCAGUAUAAUGCCUGGAACAAUACCGGCUGUUUUGACAGGAUAAGGUGCAUUCUGACUAUGAUUAUUAUAUCAAUAAACUUUAGAAUACCUAUGUAUACAAUAGUUUUAAUACUUCACCUAGCAACAACGUGAUGUAACGCGCUUUGGGCAACGUAAUAUGGUGUCUGUGACACUUUUUUUGUUACUAGUUUGAUUCAUUUGUAUUCGGUAAAAAAAUGCAUAUGUAUUUCAUCAUCUGACGGAUAUAUUAAUUUUGUAUUUUCAAGUGAAAUAAAUCGAAGCUAAUAUAGCAAAAUUAGCGAAUAGCCCUUUAAAAGUUUAGUGCGUCAAGUAAUGUAUCUAAUGUAUCGAAAGAUAAUGUAGCACUAUUUAUCAAAAGCCAGCUUAAGGUUCUAAGGGCCAAACAUGACUCUAACCGUAUCUUUGUAUAUUUUAAAUUUUACGGUCAACACUGGCAAAUGUUUUUUUUUUAAAAUGAAACAAAAUUAAAGUAUUGGACAACGUAGUUUCGUUUUAAGUGUUCAGUGUUAUUUUGACGCUCCUUUGGGAUCAAGAAAUCUAUUCUAUAUCUGAGUCGUGCCAUGAGAAAACCAACGCAGACUGGUCUGGAUCCAUGCUGUUCGCUUUCAAUGCCUAUUGCAAUUAGAGAAACCCUUAGCGAACAGCAUGGAUCCUGAUCAAACUGCGCGGAUGCGCAGGCUGGUCUGGGUCCACGCUGGUCGCUAAGCCACUCUGUUGGUUUUCUCAUGACACGGCUCAUCUAUGUAAUAGAUUUUUACUAAAUCCCGGUGACGAGGGCAAGAGAGGUGUUGCACUUACCGUUACUUCUAAUCAAGGACUAAAUUAAACCAAGCCUGGUAUUGUUUGUUUGCUUUCUUUCUAUGCUUCCAAAGGAUCUUUUCACCGAUGUUAUUAAAACAGACCUAAUGACUCACGUGUCAGUUCACGUGCAAAUGUAAUCAUGGAAUAAUUUAAAAGGAAUAAAGUGAAUAAAAAAUGAUUAUUUAAUUUCUUGUACAAUUUACAUAUAUUACCGUGAACAGAUUUUUCCUCGAAAAAACUUUAAGUUUCAAUGUCUAGACAAUCAAUCUGCAAGAAUGAUUUUUAUAAAAAGAGAUCCAUCGAUACAUGUGUAUUAGCGGGUUAAAAGUAAUUUGAUGACUUUAAACAAAACUUGAACUUGAAAAUACCCGAAUCAUCUUAAACUUAGGAACCAGUUUUUGUUCAUUUGUUUCCUUAGACAUCACUGGGCAAAUUUGAAACAAAAUUUAAUAUAAGAAUGACACUGACGCCUGAAUUUCAUGUCGCGACGUAAUUCAGUGUGUGUUGUUGCGCUAUUUUUUUCUAUCUAGUUCAGUAUUGUCCAUCCUAUUCAGGCUAUUGAACAUAUUUGUGAUAUUUACAUAAUAUCUAUACGUGUGGAUGCGUAUGUAAUGAAAUGUUUAUUAUCUUUGUAUAGAGAAAUAUGCACUCGUUCUUCAGCGGAAGAAAGUCGCCCAAUAUUUCCCCUGAAGAUCUCGACGUGCAGAUUUCCAGAUACAUAGUAAUAACCUAUAAUUAUUAUACUACGGAAUCCUGUUUGGGCCACUUAUAAUGUCGCCGUCGCGUUUGUGGGGUCGACACACGACAACGCAAAGUAACAUAGCGACAUUACGAAGUGACACCCGACAAUCGCAAACGACGGCGACAAUCCCAAAACGACAAUGUCGCGAUAUCCACGUUGAAAUGUCGCCGUUCAAAAGCACGAUAUAUCGCGAUGUCCUUUCGCGUUGUCGUGUGUCGACCCUGCAAAUAUAAAACUUGCAGCCAUAUUUUAAAUCAGCCCUUUUUUAAGGUUUAAUUGACGGUCUUCAUAGAAUCUAGGUCAAAUUUGAAUCCCGAUGUCUGUGCUCAAACACUGUCACUAUGUAAUAUGAUAGAAAAUGUUGUAAUAUGAUAGAAAAUGUUGUCAACGUUGGAGUUGCAUUAUGCCCCACUGUGUGGUUAGCAAAUUCUAGCAUAUAUUUGAAAUAGAUUUUCAGAGGCGAAAGUCUAAGUCACUUGAUCAAACGAUAGAAACAAAACAACUUCUUAACAUUCAUGGAGUAACGCCUUAUACUUGACCAUAAUGCAUUUUUGUCAGCAUUUCUUUCUAAAAAGCUAUCUCUAGUUAGAAACUGGAUUAUUAAAAGACAAAAACUAAAUCAAUUCGUGGUUGAAUAAAAAUGGGAAACCACAGGUUGUCCACCUCGACAUCAGCUGAUCAAAUGUUGCAGGCUCGGUUUGACUGAGGCUGUACGUGGACAGUAGUGAAAAUGCAAACUACCGCCUACGCCCCUAGCCCGGGUUGAACAGAACUCAACAUUUACACAUGUUAUAAGUACUAAAUUAUAUCUUUUAGACAUCCAAAGAUGUAUUCAUUCGGCAGUACACAUGGAAACUUCAAUGAUGCACAGAUAGCAAACACUUUCAUUUCUCCAAAGGACACAUUUGAUAACAGAUCUUCAUAAAACUUUGUCAGAAUCCAAAUCUGUAUGAAAUAUUAUUAUUGUAGCUUGAAUCUGGAUUUAUGUAACGAUUGCUUUGUCAGUAGAUGAAAUCACAUAAAUCUCUUUAAACACUAAAAAUGUUUCCUUUUUACGUGAUCCUCAUGACACUUGGUAAUGUUUUUAUAUUUUACUGUUAAGUAUGUAGGACAGAUUUGAAAUUGGCGCAUUUGGAGAAACAAUUCGGUUUAUUUUGUCAAAUUAUCGAACAUAAACCAAAAGUUUGUGUCUAUCAUAUGUGAUCCAAAAUAGAAACUAAGCGGUUUUGGGUAAGAACUUAGUAAGGUGACAAAUGCUUAGCCUAUAGACAAUCUUGUUUAAAAUCAAUUCAUAAAUAAAAUGACAGCCGUAUUAAUAAAGAUAUAGUUAACAAGAAUACACAAUUAAGUCUUGUUUAUAAUAAACUAAUUGCUAUCCCAGGCGCUUUGUUCAUGUGGAGU